CAAAAUGUCCAGUAGUAGUUCUGAGUUUUCUAUCUUAGCUUUGAGAAAUUAAUGUAUAGUUUUGAACAAAUUCCUUUUCUCCUAACAUUCAACCUGUUUAAAUUCAACAAACCUGAAAAACUAUUAAAAACACGUCAGUGAGACACAUUGUUGUUGCCUCAUUAUCAUAAAAAACACACAAAUGUGGUUAAUUUUGAAAAUCUGGUGCCACAAAUCCUCAUUAGAUCACCAAAUGUGGAUUAAUCCGCCAAUGAAAAUAGUCCCUGACAAAGCUGUAUUUAAGUAUUGUUGAUAGAUUUAUUAAUAAUAAUUAAAAUAUCUCAGCUUUGAUCUUUAACAAAAGAAAUGCCUUAACUGAAAUAAAACUGGUUAAAUUUCCACUGAAGUCUGGAACUAUUUGAUCUGAUGUACCUGAAAUAAUAAACAAACAAGAUUAAUAAUCUAUCCAGACACUUCAAUCCUCCCUGGAUAGUUUUUCAUAGUCUGUGCAGAGGACACAUUUCAGACGCCACCCAAAAUAAUUACAGAGACUCGCUGCCCGGCCUGAGGAUGUGGUGGAAAUCACCCAGAUUACACAGCAGGAUUAGUUCACACCUAAUCUGCAGAUCAAACACAAUUUAAUCCAGCUCCCGUCGGGAAAAUAAUCACAGUUGAGGUGAUAUAAUCCAGGUUUAAUCCAACUUUAAUCCAAGAAUUAUCAUCAUCAACUACAGCAACCUUUAUUUCACCUUUUAAAGUUGAACACAGAUGAAUCCUCCCUGCUGAUGAUGCUUUAAUUAUGAUGGUUUGAUAAAAGUUUACAAGCAAUUAAACACAUCCUUGUUCAGUUCAGCACACGCAGGAGAUUUGCUAGCUCAUGGUGGCUAACGUUAGCUACUGUCAGCUAACUUCAGAAAGAUAAAACUGUGUAUGAGACGUCACUGAUUCAUGUUUUUGGACUGCAUGACUUUGCUAAUGUUAAAUUACAAUUUUGUAUUGAAUGCUACAAUCCUGGUAUGUUGUUACCGAUAGCUUUAGUGGCUAACGUUAGCUACCAUUAGCAAGUUUAGAUAGAUAGCUGUGUAUAUGUGAUAUCACUGAGUCAUGUAUUUGGACUGAAUGACUCCUCUUUUCUUGUGCUAAUGUUACACUACAAUUUAGCAUUUAAUGUUAAAGUCUUACUUGGCAGACAAACGUUAUGAACAACAGCUGUAGAGGCUAACUUUAGCUAUUAGCUAAAUUUAAACCUGAGUCAUGUUUCUGGACUGCAGGAAGAGACUCUCCUGAAGCCCCUCACCAUGUCUCAGACUGCCAAGUCCGCCUCCAGCCAGGGCACCGAUGCCAAGGACAAGGGAGCCCCAGCCCCCGCUGCCACCAGCAAGGCCACCAAGACCGGCGAGCCCGGCAUGGGAUCCUUCAGAAUCAUGAUGUUUGACCAGGAGAACUUCCAGGGCAGGAUGAUCGAGGUCCAGAAUGAGUGUAUGAACGUGUGUGACCGUGGCAUGGAUAGAGUGCGUAGUAUCAUUGUGGAGUGCGGCCCCUUUGUUGCCUUUGAGCAGACUAACUUCCGUGGGGAGAUGUUCAUCCUGGAGAAGGGAGAGUAUCCUCGCUGGGAUACCUGGAGCAACUCCUACCGCAGCGACUGCCUCAUGUCCCUCAGGCCCAUCCGCAUGGACAGCAUGGAGCACAAGAUCUGCCUGUAUGAGCUCUCUGACUUCAAGGGCAACAAGAUGGAGAUCCAGGAGGAUGAUGUUCCCACCCUGUGGGCGCAUGGCUUCUGCGACAGAGUGGGCAGCGUGAGAGUGCCCGGAGGAUCCUGGGUGGGUUACCAGUACCCCGGAUACAGAGGCUACCAGUACCUGUUUGAGUGCGGUGACUACAGACACUACAACGACUUCUGCGCCUUCCAGCCCCAGAUCCAGUCCAUGCGUCGUAUCAGGGACAUGCAGUUCCACCAGAGAGGAUGCUUCACCUUCACCUCCGCCAGCAAGUGAACACCACCUGCUGAACACCCGGUGCUGCCCUAGCCAAGCAGCCCUCUCUCGGCUUUUUAUUUUUCCAAACGCCUCCCCUUGUCUCCCAAUCCUUUCCUAAAAUCUCCACCAUCAUCGCUCCAUCCCAGAGGAAAGACAGAGUGAGAGCAAAUACACGGGACAACCUGAAAUGACUUUUUAUGGUGCUAAAAAAUAAACAUGUUGUGAAAAACCUGAAACCUUCACUGGCUGGAUUACCUUUAUUCAACAACUAGUAGUUAAAUGUGUGCAGGUGGUUUGUUUUAACUUUAAAGUGUUUUUUAAAUUUAUUUUCAUCUCCUGAAGUGCACCUUAAUCACAGAUUACAAGCUACUUUUACAUUUUC